UUCUGUGGGCAGGCCAGAGCAGAGGGGAGGGGAGGGGAGGGGGAAGUAGAGUCGGAGCGUGGGGAGGGAGGGUCCAGGCAUCGUUGCGACCUCGGGUGGCAGGCGCUGAGAUGAGGCCAUCCACGGCACUCAGAGCCAUCUUCUGCCCUUCGAGCUCGUCGAAAUUUCCUUGCUGCGUUCGGCAUGGCGACCUGUAUUGGGUGAAUUCUCGGCCUUCCAGUGGGUUACGCUUGCAGAUUCUGAGGAGCCUGGGAUUCGGCCGCUCUGUGAGUUCCGUGCUCGGUUUAGAUAGCAAAUUAUCAGCGUUCAAACCAUGUGAAUCGAGGAUUGUUGCCGGCUCUAGCUCUGAAGACACGCACAGCAUCUCAAGAAGUUGGUCAGCCGGAGAAUUCAACCAGUUCGGGGCUGCCAUAGAGCCUGGACAUGCUAGUCGUGGACUAUGGCAACAUUCUGGAUCUCGCAAGUUGUGGACGACCCCCCCACUACAAAUGGGGAGACGUUCGGCCAAGAUUGCUACCAGAAAGGGAGCACAAAAUCGAAAGAAAGCAAAGCUUUAUGGCAAAAUAGGAAAGCAAAUUGCAGCAGUGGUGAAAGAAGGCGGCCCAAAUCCAACGGGGAAUGCGGCACUUGCCGUUUUGUUGCAAACAGCCAAGCAGUAUGAUGUGCCGAAGGAGAUUAUUGACCGCAAUAUUAAAAAAGCUAGUGACAAAAGCCAGGCCGACUUUGUGGACAUGACCUACGAGGUGUAUGGUCUUGGAGGUGUGGGCCUCGUACUAGAAGUUUUGACGGAUAACAACAACCGCGCGGCAGCCAACAUUCGGGAUGUGGUGAAGAAGGGUGGAGGCAAAAUGGCAGAUCCUGGAUCCGUCCUAUUCAAUUUCAAACGUACUGGAGUGGUAUACGUGAAAACAGGAGACAUAUCAAGCGAUGAUCUUCUUCUGGCAGCCAUGGAUGCCGGAGCGGAGGAUGUUUUAGAACCUGAGGUUGAUGAGGACGAAGAUGACGAAGAAACAAGGUACUACAAAGUUCUGACCCCAGUAGAGCAAUUUUUCACCGUAAGCCAACAACUGAAAGAGGCCGGCAUCAAGAUUGACACAGACAACUCUGGGUUAGAACUUUUUCCCGUGGUGUCGGUGGAGCCUGAUGAUGAAGCGUUGGAGAUGAACAAACAAAUCAUGGAAAAGCUGUUGGAUUUGGACGAUGUGGAUGCUGUCUAUUGUAAUCAAAAGUAGACGAGCUCAAGGGUAGAACAAUAGACUUGGUGAAGUAAAAAGCGGCACUCGUAAGUCAAGGCCUUUCGCAGAGUAUGAAGAUUCUUACUAUGACAUCGUCCAGAGUUGGUAGUGGUGAAAGGUGAUUAUUCAGGACAGUCUGAGUACUUAGGUGUGGAAAGUACUGUGAGUACGAAGGCUCGCUGAUCGUGACAGUCAAGUGUGCUGCGUCUACUUGAGCUGCAUCUCUUGCGAGCCACGCUUGAUAGUUUCAUCCUGUCCACAGGGAUAUCAAAUAUUGAAUAUGAAGUACGGAGAAAUAUUCGGAAGCAUUUUACUGUUACGACGCAAUGCGAUGUGAGAUACUUUUCAUCUCCGUAACAUCCUGAGGAACCUGGCCAUAUGCUCU